GAUAAACGGGUAAGAAUGGAACAACAAUCAGGAACUCUUACAAUAAAUAUUAUAAAUGAUGAAAAUGGAGGAAAGGCAGAAGCAUACGAAGGCAUUUAUCAGUGCACAGCAAGAAAUGAGCGUGGAGCUGCAAUUUCCAAUAAUAUUGUUGUACGCUCAUCCAGAUCCCCCUUGUGGACUAAGGAAAACAUAGUUCCAAUAAGAGUAAUUGAAGGCCAACAUGUAAUACUCCCCUGCAGGCCUCCAAUGGGAUUACCUCCACCUAUAAUAUUUUGGAUGGAUAACUCUUUUCAAAAGCUGCCUCAAAAUGAUAGAGUUUCCCAAAGUCUAAAUGGAGACCUUUAUUUUUCUAAUGUAAAAUUGGAAGACACACGUGAAGAUUACAUAUGUUAUGCACGAUUUAAUCACACCCAAACUAUUCAGCAAAAGCAACCUAUAUCUUUGAAGGUUGAGCCAGUGGAUUCAUUGAAUGAAACUAUAGCUGCUAAUAUGAGUGACUCUGAUUUUUAUGGUGCGAGCAAAUACACAGAAAGAAAACCGACUCUUCUAACUCCUACUGGAAUCACAAGUAGCAAAAUAGAACUAAGAGGAAACACCCUUAUGUUGGAGUGCAUUGCAGAAGGAUUACCUACACCAAUAAUCAGCUGGUUUAAAGAAGGUGGUGACCUUCCUCCCAAUAGAGUCUUCCGAGAAAAUUUUAAAAAGACCCUCAAAAUCAUAGAUAUUACCGAAGCUGACUCUGGAAGAUAUAAAUGCUUGGCAAAGAAUCGAUUUGGUUCUGCACACCAUGUUAUUACAGUCACUGUCAAAGCUGCACCUUACUGGAUAAGAGAACCUACAAACCUUGUGUUAUCCCCAGGAGAACAUGGUAACUUGAUCUGCAGAGCUAAUGGCAAUCCUAAACCCAGUAUAAGCUGGUUAGCAAACGGAGUUCCCAUUGACAUUGCUCCUGAAGAUCCUAGCAGAAGAGUAGAUGGUGAUACAAUUAUAUUCACUGAUGUACAAGAUCGGUCAAGUGCUGUUUAUCAGUGCAACGCCUCUAAUGAAUAUGGAUAUCUACUGGCAAAUGCAUUUGUGAACAUUUUAGCUGAGCCACCAAGAAUUCUCACUCCUCAAAAUCAACUCUACCAAGUCAUUGCAAACAAACCUGCGUUGCUACACUGUGCUUUUUUUGGUUCACCUGUGCCUGAAAUUGAAUGGUUUAAAGGAGCGAAAGGUAGCAUUCUCCAGGGAGAGCACUAUGUUUUCCAUAGCAAUGGCACCCUGGAAAUUCCUGUGGCUCAGAAGGAUAGCAGUGGCACCUACACCUGUGUAGCAGGAAAUAAACUAGGAAAGGUACAAAAUGAAGUUCGGUUGGAAAUUAAGGAACCAACAAUGAUUAUUAAGCAGCCUGAAUACAAAACAGUUCAAAGGACAGGACAGGUUUCCUUUGAAUGUACAAUUAAAUAUGACCCUACCUUAAUACCCACAGUUACGUGGUUGAAAGACAGUGGUGAAUUACCAAAUGAUGAAAGGUUUAUGGUUGGUAAAUACAACUUAACCAUUAUGAAUGUAACUGAUAAGGAUGAUGGAACAUAUACUUGCCUAGCUAAUACUACUCUGGACAGUGUUUCUGCAAGUGCCGUGCUUACUGUUGUUGCUCCUCCAACAACUCCACCUGUUGUUUACGAUCGUCCUGAUCCUCCAUUUGAUUUGGAAUUGACAGACAAGCAAGACAGAAGUGUUCAGCUCACAUGGAUUCCAGGAGAUGACAACAACAGCCCUAUCAUAAAGUAUAUCAUUGAGUAUGAAGAUGCCAUGCAUGAACCAGGGAUAUGGCGUUACCAUAUGGAUGUCCUUGGGAUCCAGACAACUGUGCAGUUGAAGCUGUCACCAUAUGUUAACUAUUCAUUUCGUGUAAUAGCUGUCAAUAAGAUUGGAAAAAGUCAGCCAAGUGAUCCCUCGGAAAAAUACUUGACGGAAUCAGCAAAGCCAGAUGAAAAUCCAACUGUCAUUCAAGGGAAUGGAUCAGAGCCUGAUAAGUUGGUGAUAAUGUGGGAGCCAUUAAAGCGUAUUCAGUCCAAUGGUCCAGGUCUUCAGUAUCGAGUCAGUUGGCGGCAAAAGGAUGUUGAUGACGAGUGGACAUCUGUUCCAGUCGCUAAUGUAUCUAAAUUUACUGUGUCUGGUACACCAACUUUUGUUCCAUAUGAGAUAAAAGUACAGGCAUUAAAUGAUUUGGGAUUUGCACCAGAACCUACAAUCACAGUUGGAUAUUCUGGGGAAGAUUUACCAAUGGUUGCACCAGAGAAUUUGGAGGUACAUGUUGUAAACAGUACCUUAGCAAAGGUGCGAUGGGACCCAGUUCCGCUAAACCUUGUCCGAGGCCGUCUUCGAGGAUAUAAAAUUUACUAUUGGAAAGUACAAAGCUUAUCUGGAAAAAGUAAGCGACAUGUGGAUAAAAAGACAUUGACUUUCAGUGGAAAUAAGACACAUGGAAUGUUGCCGGGACUGGAACCAUUCAGCGCUUACAAGCUGCAUGUUAAAGUGUUUAACGGGAAAGGAGAAGGACCAGCAACCCCUGACAAAAAUUUUACAACUCCUGAAGGAGUUCCCAGUGCACCCUCCUUUCUGAAGAUUACUAAUCCAAAUUUGGAUUCCCUCACUUUGGAAUGGGGCCCACCUACUCAUCCAAAUGGUGUUUUGAUGGGAUAUACACUGAAAUUUCAGCCAAUUAAUAGCACACAUGAAUUAGGCCGCUUGGAAGAGAUCAGUAUUCCAGCCAAUCAGACCACCAUGAUAAUAAGCAACUUAAAUUACAGCACUCGAUACAAGUUUUACUUCUAUGCAAAAACUUCAGUCGGAUCUGGAAGUCAAAUAACAGAGGAGGCAGUAACCAUUAUGGAUGAAGCAGGAAUCUUGCCAUUCAAUGUUGGAAGGGGAGAUUUGCAACCAGUUUAUCCAAGGAUCAGAAAUGUUACUGCAGCUGCUGCUGAGACCUAUGCCAAUGUCAGUUGGGAGUAUGAGGGUCCAGAUCAUGAGAACAUAUAUGUUGAAUAUGGUGUGGCAGGCAACACAGAAGAAAUGAAAAGAGAAAAUGUAAAUGGUUCCCGGAGCUUCUUUGUGUUAAAAGGAUUAAUACCAGGAACUUCAUAUAAAGUCCGGGUUGGUGCUCUUUCUGGUGUUAGCAGUUCAGAGGCUGUGUUUGAGACAGGUCCAGCAAAGGCAAGUCGACAAGUUGACAUUGCAACGCAAGGAUGGUUUAUUGGUCUUAUGUGUGCAGUUGCCCUUCUCAUCUUGAUAUUGUUGAUUGUUUGUUUCAUAAGAAGAAAUAAAGGUGGAAAAUAUCCAGUGAAAGAAAAGGAAGACGCUCAUGGUGAUCCAGAAAUACAACCUAUGAAAGAAGAUGAUGGAACUCUUGGAGAGUACAGUGAUGCAGAUGACCACAAACCUCUAAAAAAAGGAAGCAGGACUCCUUCAGACAGGACUGUGAAAAAAGAGGACAGUGAUGACAGUUUAGUUGACUACGGAGAAGGUGUCAACGGCCAGUUCAAUGAGGACGGAUCUUUUAUUGGACAAUACAGUGGCAAAAAAGAGAAAGAACCAGCAGAAGGAAACGAAAGUUCCGAGGCUCCUUCCCCAGUCAAUGCAAUGAAUUCAUUUGUCUAAUUAAAGAAAAAGCCAACAACUCUGCUCCCUUCCAACAUUUCCAUUUUUUUUUCAAGCAUUUGUACAUCUACCCUGUUAUUGGAUAUGAAAGACACUAAUGUUCUACGCAACAAAAACAUUUAUGCUAUAAUUAUGUAGAGGCCAAACAUACUAUAGAAUGACAGUAAGUGAUAUGUUCGUAUAA